GUAUUUAUAUAUAUAUAUAUCACAAGAAAGCAAGAAAAAAGUCGACACAAGAAAAUCCUGUCUGGGAGAUGGAAGGAGGGAGGAAACUGGACAGAUGGGGUUAUGAAGUCAGGACUUCUUCAGAUGCUUGCAUAUCUGCCAUCAAUUCUUACUAUCACCAGGUGCUUAGCUACGGAAGGAACAGGUCGGUGAUACUGGAAGCUCCAGAAAGUGAUCCAGAGUGUGUUCUGGGCAACAUUUUGGCUGCCCAUUUUCUCUGCUCUGCUGAUUCUUCACGUGCUGUUCCGCUCAUUAAUGCUGCCAAGUCCCGUCUCGAACAUGCUAGCACAUAUGAGAAGGCAGUGUUUGAAGCUGUGAUGUAUUUGGUUUCUCCGGAUAGAGAUGACGAUCUGGCUGUGGAGCUGCAUUCAAAGCUUUUACAAGAUUUCCCUAGAGAUCUUGUAUCACUAAAGAGAGCUCAAGUUCUAUGCUUUUACAUGGGCCGUGCAGAUUUAUCUUUGAAACUCGUGGAACAGGUCCUGCCAAUAAAUGACCAUGAGGAUUAUAUAUACGGCAUGCUUGCAUUUCCUUUACUAGAGCUCGGUCGGAUGGAAGAUGCUGAGAGAGCUGGAAAAAAGGGAUAUGAGAUCAACAAGGAGGACCCUUGGUCACAACAUGCACUUUGCCAUGUUUACCAGUAUGAGUGUCGUUUCAAGGAAGCAGUGGAUUUCAUGAAUGAUUGUGCACGAUCAUGGAGUCCUUUGUCAUCUUUCAUGUAUACACACAACUGGUGGCAUGUUGCUCUAUGUUACUUGGAAGGCCAUGCUCCUAUGGAAAAAGUACGGGAUAUUUAUGAUGAAUGCAUCUGGAAAGAACUGGAAAGAAGUGAUGCUGUGCCAGUGGAGGUAUACUUAAAUGCCAUUGGUUUGUUAUUGCGUGUGUAUAUACGAGGUGGACAUGAUGUUUUUGGGGACCGUCUAAAGAAUUUAGCCAAUUGUCUGGCAGAUGAAGCCUUUUGGUUUCUGGAGUGGCACCUUGAUAUCUUGAUAUUAUGGGCCUUAUCAUAUACAGGAGAAUUCAAUAAAGCAGAAGAUCUACUUGGGGGCUUGAAAUCCAGGAUUUCCAGAAUGACCAAGAAGAAACAACAAUUAAUGCAGAGAGGACUAUCACUUGCAGAAGCUGUCUAUAAGUAUGGGAAGGGUGACAAUAAGGAUGCAUUGGAGCUUCUUGGACACGACUUUGAUGCCAUUAACUACAAGAUAAUCGGUGCGUCUGACGAACAACUUGAUGUAUUCAUUGAAGUCCACAUAAGUUUACUUCUGGACACUGGAGAAACACUUAUGGCUAUACAAGCUAUUGAAAAACAGUUGAAAAAACGGGACGGUGCACCGUUCUUAUGGCGUCUCCUGGAGAAAGCAUAUUCAAUUUUAGGAAAGGAAGAAGCUGCAAGCUGCGGUGAGAAAGCCAGGACGUUGGAAGCUACAUACUUCACUUAGGUAACUUGUAUAACACCAAAAUCCAUGUACUGUCUGUGCUCUUACAAGGUCAAAAUAAAAGCCAUCUAGUCUUUACCAUGUUCACUGUGUAAUUCAACCAAGAGUCAACCGAUCGACGACGAUCGUCGUUGAGUUUAACUUUUGAGAAAUAACAUGUAUAUAGAAAGAACAAUGGUGGUAGAUAUGCUUCUCUAGACCUUGGGGAUUCUCUUCUGAUAAAGAGAUGCUCAAUAAAGCAAUCCCUUUAUAGGAA